AACGAAGUGAGGUGAGGAGCAGUCCAAUGGCGAUAACGGUACUGUCCAGCGCGGCAGCAGCAAGGCUCUGUUUUCCGGUUUCGGAUAAUCACCAGUUCCCGAAGAAGCUGAGCUACACAAAGUCGGCGAUCUCCAUCCCCCGUCGUUCCACAAUUUCCUUUCACAUCCGAGCCUCUAAUUCACCAAGACAAGAAGAAAAUUCAAGGUCAAACAACUCAACUGAUUUCGCAUCUCAGGAGGAUUUGAAGUUUUUGUUGAAAUUAGGAGCUGGAUCUGUUGCUGGUGCAGCUGUGAUCAAGUAUGGAAGCGUAAUUCUUCCUCAGAUAACCAGGCCCAACAUCAUAGAGGCUCUGAUUAUGGUAUCUACACCCGUCAUUGUAGCUGUCGUGCUCUUGAUCAAGCAAAGUCGUGCAGAAGGAUAAGAAUGCGAAAUCAUCAUAGUGAUUAGUAAUCUUGUUAUUAGAUUUUUGUUCCUCUCGCGGUGAAGCUAGGAAUUGUUAGUGGCGUUGCAUCAACAUGAUUUUUGGCUGAAACCCCAAAUGCGUGACAUGAUAGAAUUGGUGAAAUAAUUCCGUUUUGCUGAGCUUUUUUGUUUGAUAGGUAAGCGGAAGUGAAAGCUCGAACUCAGAUAUCACUCAAUAGUACUGGCUAUGCUCAUAAGUAGAUCAAGGUCGUCGGAGAGGGAAUGCACUUGAUCGGAAGAUCCUGAGUUCAAUCUCAAUGACUCAGUGAGAGCAAUAGUGCAAACCCUAUGCUUUGACCCAACUUUAGAAACUUUUGUAUUUAUAGCCAAUUCCCCAUCGAACAGGAAUGGGACUUACUGGAUAAAAUUUGUAUCACCGUAAUAAUUUGCCAAAAAUGAAUGGCUUCUCUUAUAUGUU